CUGAGUCAGAUAAUGACAUCACAACAGCCACUGGAUCACCUUCAAUGACCGGUUCGACAGAUUUUACCACAUUUACCCUCUCAUCAACCACAGCUGAAACUGAUCCUCUGCUUACAUAUAAAUACCACCUGUCUGUCGAGCUAAACGUCUCUGACGUCACGUUGAUCCAAGAACUGAGAACCCUUUUAAGCAACAUGAGUAAUCCGAUCAGUAUCAAUGGCGUCAUCCAAAUCUCUGACGUCAACAUCACCACGGUGUGUUAUGACAAUGGCACAAGUUACCAGUGCAGAUGUGAACAAAAGUUCCUUUGGCCCUGUGACAAGUGCGCCACCUAUGGGAAAUGCAACUCGUGGUUCGAUACUGGCUGUGGAUGCAUCAAUGCCAUUCCUCCAGACGGACAGUAUUGUCAGCCUGUUGACCCGUACAAUUUAACAUCUUGUCCUAUCACAACCACACCACAACCACAAACAUCGCCUACAGCUGUACCAAUGGUCUACGAGUACGUUGUGUCCAUCGAGCUGAACACAACAGACGUCUCUGUGAUAGAGCAACUGAGGAACAUGGUCCUACCAGUCAGCAUGGACUAUGACAUACAAGUCUCUGACAUUAACAUCACCACAGUUUGUUCUCCGAGCAGCGGCAGUUACCAGUGCAGAUGUGAGGAAGACUACAGUUGGCCAUGUGACCGCUGUUCGCUCUACGGAUCCUGUGACAACGCCACAUCCGAUUCCUGUGCAUGUAUCAACGCCAUCCCUCGGAACGGAGAGCAUUGCCAGCCUCGGUCAGAUCUGGUGGUUUGUCCAACUCCAAGUCCUUCAACCGAUACAACAACCAUAACAUCUACAAUGUUAACACCGCAAACUGUAACAAACACAACAAUCUUAACAUCCUCAUCUUCAACACCGCAAACUGUGACAAAGACAACAAAUGCCACUACAGGUCUCAGCACUACAUUCACUACAAGAUCACUUCAUAUGUCUCUUUCAGACACAACAAAUAUCACAACAACACCAACCUCCACUCCACAAUCUAUCACAGACACAACAAAUGCCACUACAGGUCUCAGCACUGCAGUAACAACAACCACACAACCAACUCUGACCAAUUCAAUAUAUUUUACUAUGACUGAAGCACAAUUCACAUCAGAGGCAUUUUCACCAAACUCAACUAUUAUUGACACCACAAAUGCCACUACAAGUCUCAGCACUACAGUAACUACAACCACUGAACCAAAUUUAACCAACACAACAAUCUUAACAUCUUCAUCUUCAACACCGCAAACUGUGACAAACACAACAAAUGCCACUACAGGUCUCAGCACUGCAGUAACAACAACCACACAACCAACUCUGACCAAUUCAAUAUAUUUUACUGUGACUGAAGAACAAUUCACAUCAGAGGCAUUUUCACCAAACUCAACUAUUAUUGACACCACAAAUGCCACUACAAGUCUCAGCACUACAGUAACUAAUGAACCAACUUUGACCCACACAACAAUCUUAACAUCUUCAUCUUCAACACCGCAAACUGUGACAAACACAACAAAUGCCACUACAGUUCUCAGCACUACAGUAACUACAGCCACUGAACCAACUUUAACCAACACAACAAUCUUUACAUCUACAACCUCAACACCACGAACUGUGACAAAUUCAACAACUGUUGCAACUACAGCCGUCCUUUCUUCAACAAUACAAACCUCCGUCACCUAUCCAACGGUGACAAAUGGAACUACAGACUCACUGAACGUGACCGUGUCCACCACAGACAUGACUCCAGUUACCGGCGCGAACAUUAACACUACAGCUACCACGGUGUUUUCCACCCCAGUUAGAGGAACAAAUUCUACUUCUACCACUGCAUCAACAACAACAACUGUCAUGCCUACUACUCUAACUACCUCUCCUUCCACAACGAAUGGUUCUGCUCUUAACACAACCACUGGAACAACUCCCACAAACAGUCUUAGCACAUCAGCCAGUACAACUUAUAAUACCGGAGCCAAUACAACAUCUUCACUGAUUAGCUCAACACUGUCUUCAACCCCAAACUCGAAUACUUCUACAGCUUCAAGCACUUCACCAACAACACCUCUAACAGUGACCAAUUCAACUACCCCCACUGCAAUGACAACUACGACCAAUUUUACAACACCAACUUUCACAGCUAGCACUACUACAUCUCCUACCACCCCAACAGCCACUACUCCAAAUUCCACCACCUUUGCACAGACCAAUAGUACUACAACGACCUCUGCAAGUAUCACUAUGAACAGUACCACAAGUGGCACUACUCCACCUGUCACAAAUAUCUCUACUCUUUCAACAUCAACCACUACAGCUAAUACGACUACUUUCAGCACACCAGUUAGUACGAUCAGUACUACAACUACAACCAUUGCUUCUACUACCUACACAACUUCCACUGCACCAGUGAGUUCAACUAGUACUACUACCCUGACAACAACCAACACCACAGCAGCUGCUACAACUUCAACUUCACAAAUGAUUACAUCUAGUACUAUUACCACGACCACAAGCCUUAAUACAGCUAGUACCACUACUCUCCCAGCACGUACUACUAUCACGACACCCUUCACAAACACCACCACUCCAGUUUACAAAUCUACCCCUACUACACCCUCCCUAAGUACUUCAACACCUCAAAUUUUUGAUGUGGAAAUAACCAUGAGAUUAGACAAGACGUUUUCCCCAGAAUUAACAAAUCCUUCGAGUUCAUUGUACCAGUCCUUGACGUCACAGAUUAAUGAAGCACUGGAAAAGCAUUACAAAGGGAUCACAGGAUUUAUCAGCGUUGGUGUCACGUCGUUCAGUCAAGGAAGUGUAAUCACACACUUUGAUGUGCAAACGAAGCAAGUUGUCUACGAUGAAAUAGCUGAAAAAAAUGAAAACCUCCCUGAGGCAAUUAAACCUAUUGCUUCUAUCAUUGGCUCUGUCUCUGCACUUUAUCACAGUCCAAUCCCAGUUAGCCUUCCAGAUCUCACCUACACUGGUAAUAGGAUGAUCUUGAAGUGUAAGCUUCCACUAAACUUCUAUCUGGGAAAUAUUACAAAGUCUGAGUGGAUGUUUGACGGAUGGACAAUAAACGAUGGUGGAAGAUUCAAUAUAACCACAUCUUCAUAUAUGUCUUUACUUGAAAUCAACAACGUCAUUUCUUCUGACAGUGGAAUUUAUUCUUGCACUCUCAGCAACAAUGGAGUCGACUUCCAGCAAGAAGGAAUCGUUCAAGACAGUCAAAUCAAACAGGCUCCUAUUUUGAGACUUCAGAGUGAACUUAAUGUAAAAUGCAUUGAUGGAAGGAUACAGCCACUUCUAUGCUGUGUGCAGAAAUCCUACACAGUCAAGUGGUUCCAAGGCAGUGACCCAUUGGUUUCUGUUCCUGUUAAUGAUGGACAAUCUAACUGCAUACGGCAUGAUUACACGCUGAAAAAUUGCAAUGGAUCGGACGUCACGAAAGACUUUGUUUGUAGGGUUGAUAACCCUUCAAAUUUUGAAAGAAAGAUGACGGUUACUAUUUUUACAGAAGAUGCCAACUGUAAGGAUAGUCUGUUUGGGACUGGGCGAGUCGGUGACUUGUCCACUGUGGGAUGUAAAGAAGGUGAAGAAGGGAGCAAGACCGCCGUAUGUCUGGACACAGGGAAAUGGGAACUUCAAGAGGACGCUUGCGUUUUAGUAACAAUCAAAGAGCUAUUCAUUGAUUCCGAGGAUUUGUUUGUGCUGCAAAUUCCAACCUUUGUUGCGAAUCUCAGUAAAACUGUGAAGGAAGAAGAAACCAAAAUUACUAACUCAUCUCUAACCAUAUCUACCAUUGUUGACAUUUUAAUCAAUGUUGCAAACACCAUUCAAGUGGCCGAUGUCAGUCAAGAUGUCAUUCAGAAUGUACUAGAAACUGUGGAUGUCAUCAUAAGUGAUGAGACAAAAGAACCUUGGCUGGUCCUGAAUGCAAAUGGAACGAGGAACACGAGCUCACAGCUGUUGGGUGUGCUGGAGAUACUCUCCACCAGAUUCCGAUUUAACGACACCUUCAGGGCAGACUUAAACUCGAGCGUCUUUUUGGAUAUUUCAAAUGUUAGCACGCACAACGUCUUCAUUACAACCAUUCUCCUCAGCACACUAUAUAAUGUAAUGCCGUCAAGAAACUCUACAUUUGACAUCAGAAGAUUAAACGCGACCAGUAACGACACUGAAAUUGACAACUCUAAUACAAUCAACGCCGCCGUCGUGCUCAUCAAAAUUAACGCAACGGCCGAGAACGUUCUUCUGAGCUACGACAAGUUGAACAGCUCUUUGGCGUUCAACCCACAGUGCGUCUUUUGGAAUUUCACACUCUUCGAAAGCUACGGCGCCUGGGAUGAUGAGGGAUGUGUCUUUGUUUCGGACAUAAAUGACACAGUGACGUGCAGUUGCAACCAUCUGACUUCCUUUUCACUUCUAAUGGCGACAAAUAUCCCCGAGUCAAUAAGAGAGCUGUUGGAUAUCAUGACUUAUAUUGGAGUCGGAAUAUCAAUGGCGAGCUUGGUCAUUUGUUUGCUCAUAGAAGGCUGCGUUUGGAAAGCCAUCACCAGGAACAGCACUGCCUUCAUGCGACACGUUUCCAUCAUUAAUACCGCACUGUCCCUUUUGAUCGCCAAUAUUUGUUUCAUCAUCGGCGCAUCAAUCGCAAACAACCCGCUGGAGAACCCGGGGGAGAACUACAUGGUUCCACUUGGACCAUGUAGCACAGCAACAUUUUUUAUGCACUUUUUUUAUCUUGCACUUUUCUUCUGGAUGCUUGUGUCGGGCCUUCUGCUCUUCUACCGGACAGUCAUGGUCCUUUCAUACAUGUCCAAGUCAGUCAUGACGGCCAUUGGCUUCCUUUUAGGCUAUGGCUGUCCUUUGAUUAUAGCUGUAGUUACUGUUGCUGUCACGGCACCAGGGCAGGGAUACAUCAGGAAAGAUGAGGCUUGUUGGCUGAACUGGAUCGAGACAAAGGCCCUUCUGGCUCUGGUGAUACCGGCCUUGGCCAUAGUUUUUAUUAAUUUUUUGAUCGUAAUUGUAGUUUUAAUCAAAAUGCUUAGAAGAGGUCUGGGAGAAAACGCUCCUGCAGAUGAGAAACAUACACUGGUGGUUAUAGCAAGAUGUGUCAUCAUCUUGACUCCAUUAUUUGGACUGACCUGGUCCUUGGGAGUUGGAACCAUGAUUUCGUCAACCAAUAAAGGAAUCCAUAUAGCCUUUGCAUUCUUCAAUUCAUUACAGGGUUUCUUCAUUUUAGUGUUUGGAACACUACUGGAUUCAAGGAUACGUUCUAUUCUUGCAAGAAAAUUCAACCGGCCUGAAACCGGCACCCAAACGACAAGAAGCACGAGUGCUGGUAUAUCUUCAUUGAGUGGAAGAGCUGUGAUUGGUCAAAUAUUUGGAAGAAGAAAUGUAUAUCACGUUUCACAAGCUGCAAACUCAAGCAACAGUGGUGCAGCGGAGUCUUUUGUUAGUAUGAACACAUAAAAUCAUCACAUUUACACAUAGUGUAAUUAUUUUGAUUACAUACAGAAUCAGGAACCUGAAUAUUUAAUAUCAAUGGAACAAUAAUAUGAAUAAGCUGUGUGAAAUUAAUUCUUUUUUUUUCAAACAUCUGAUAAUUGCUGCUGCUUCUAUCUCGAUGUAUGAAAAGUGAUGCUGCUUUGUUUGUGCCUAAAACAGAUUUUAAUAUAAAUUAUAUUUUUUCAGAGUUGCCCACUUGCACUUGUAACUCAAUGUGAAAGUCUUAGUGACCCUUCGCUCUUAAGUAUGGUUUGCACUGAUCGCAGUAAGUCAUUCGUGUUAGUAGAUUAAAAGAGAAUUUUGUGAAACAGAUGUUAUUUUUAUGCAUUUUUUUUUAUUUGUUGACAUUGACACUGUUCAUCCGUUGGAGAAUUAAUUAAGGAUCAAUGCAGGAUAAAGGUUAAGGCUCCCAGUUAAACCAACUGAGGACUAACCUAGCAUUAGUUAAUGAAAACUAAGAAAAGAAAAUCGAUUUAUUUGCAAAAGUUUUUCCAUUGGCUUACAAAUAUGUCUGUACUCUUUCAGAACUAAAGAGUUUAUGUGAUGCUGAUGUAAGUGUUUGGGCCUCCCUGUUGGCACUACUCUGUGAACUAGCCUAAUUUGACAGUUGUUUGCAAGUAUUCAUUUGUUUGUCUUAAAGACAGUGUUCAGAGACACAAUCGACACAAUGCUUAAUCAUCUGACACAGGUUUUCCUGUCACUCCUUACAAGCUUUCUGAUCAUGACCGACAGCUUGUAUGUGUGUGAACGGCGCUUCCAAGAGCACAUUGGUGAGGUUCAGAGCGAGGCACGAAAGGAGGUUGUAAGACAAACAAGCUAACUUUCACGUAUGGAAAUCGAUGAAGUUUUUUUGUCAUUUCAAUAGAAAAAUGGCUUUUUGGUGAAUUUUUGCAACUAGAAAAACAUAAAAUAUGAAUUAUUUUGUGUCUGUGCACAUGCGUUUGCUUCUGUGUAAAUCAGGGCUAUCAAACUGUUUUUGGUUCAGGGGCCACAUACAGCUUAAUUCGAUGUCAAGUGGGCCGGACCAGUACAAUCAUCACAUAAUUACCUAUGAAUCACAAUAAGUCCAUGUUUUCCCCAUUUGUGUUCUGCAAAUAAGUAAAAGUAUAUAUGAGAAUAUUCAUAUUUAAUGAAAUUUAAGUUGACAACACAUCACCAACACAAAGUUUCAAUUCACCUACUGGGCCGGAUUGUACCCCCUAGCGGGCCGGUUUUGACCCGUGGGCCAUAUGUUUGACAGUCCUGGUGUAAAUGUAUGUGUUGUGUGUUGGUUCCUCUGCAAGAUCAUGGAUUACUGACACGAUUGAUCUUUUCUACAGCAUGACUUUAUUUAGCAUUGUCUUUUCCUCACACUAACACUGCAGCAAUAAACAUUUUCAACUUUUAACAGUUUUUUGUUUCUGUAUUUAUACUCCCCAGAAUAUGGUAAUAGCAUGGGAUUUCCCUAAAUGAAGCAAGAAUGGUGAAGCAUUCAUAUAUACUGAUAUAUAUAUAUAUAUACUGAUAUACGUGCAUACAGAUAUUAUUUAUUUAUUUUCUAGGGUAGGGUAAGGGUAAGUAAAAC